CGGAAAUUUAAAAAUUGACAAUUUAAUUAAAGAAACACAUGGAAAUAAUAUUCGAUAUAGAUUAGAAUGGAUCCCAUAUAAGAUUUUACGGUUGCUCGAAAAGUUGCAGAGGGUGGAUUUAGCAUUGUAUACAUCGCUAAAUGGACAAAAGGAAGAAUUACGAGUUACUCCAGAGGAAAGCUUAAUCGGAAAGGUUCUAUGGAGAUUAUAUUAA